AUGUCAGGCAAAAAGCCAAACCGUCGUCGCGAUCGCAGUCGCAGCCGCAGUGGCAGCGAGGAGAAGGCAGCGGGUGCUACGGCGGGUGGCCGCUCCGAGAUGUCCUUCGCAGAGAAGUUGACAAAGAUCGUCGGAGACAAGAGGGAAGAGCACAAGUCAAGAGAAAAGCUGGCAGCGAAGUGGCGUGCGCAUGAGUCCACGCUGAUCGAAAAGCUCGUUGACAAAUUCAAGGGCAAGUGCAUGAAAGAGGCAGAGAACGAAAGAAGUGAGGCUUCCAUUAGCUUUGCCUCGUUGGUUCGAGAAAUACCCGAGUUUCCGACACAUGUCAUAGUUGACUCGCAGCACCAGGUGGAGAACUGGGGUGAUAGCUCUGCUUCAUGGUGGUAUUAUGCGCAUCGCGGAGUGAACCAUCAGUUCGUUAAUGGCACGCCCAUCUCUUUCGCAGAACUGCUCGAGUCGAUGAUGCCGAGAUUCCUGGAAAAUCUCCAGGACCUUGGUUUUCAGAGCUGCAAGCGAGAACCCGGCACCUGGAAGGUGGUCGCCUCAUGGUAG